AUGUCGAAGCAGAAUGUAGGCAUAAGUGGAAUGGAGGGACAAGAGAUUGGGGUUAACGCCCCAGGUGGCAAGUCACCUCUGGGAUCAGUCAAGCAUGGCACAAAUUUAGAUAUUGAUACAAAUUUAUCUCCACCAACGCAGUGGAGCGAAUGGUGUGACAGGGACAAUCCUUCCGGAAAGUACGACUAUGAAAGUUUGAAAGACGCCAUCAAGGACUGCAAAGGUGUUUGUGCUGCACCACUUGCCGUGGAAUGCCGGGUGGUUAAAUCCCACCUUCCAUUUGAGCAAGCAGGAGAAAAUUUGCAAGCUGCUUGCACAACUCAAAAAGGCCUGAUCUGUAAAAAUGAAGACCAAGAUGACAAGAAAUGUGAAGAUUAUGAAAUCCGAUUUCAGUGUCCUCCUGAUAUUGAUGAGUGUUUGGAGAAUACUUACAAAUGCCAUCCUAAAGCCAAGUGUGAAAACACUCAUGGAGGAUAUAAUUGCAUUUGUGAGGAAGGCUAUGUUGGUGAUGGCCAGCACUGUUUUGAGGGAGCCAAGUGUUCCGCCUGGGGUGAUCCUCAUUACACCACUUUUGAUGGAGAAAAGUAUGACUUCCAAGGCCUGUGCAAAUAUCGCAUGGUGGAGCCUUGCAAGGACUUUGGUUCAAUGCCAGAUUUCAAAGUUGUCUCUAAGAAUAGGUCUAUCAGAAAACCUCGUGUGUCUGUGUCAAAGUACUUGGACAUUAAGGUCUACGGAUUUGAUAUUCAGCUGGAACAUAAACGGGCUUAUGUGGACGGAAAUCAGAUAACUCCACCCAGAACCUACAAACCAGCACAUGCCAACUGGCCUGACUCCUCAAUUACAAUUAAAGCCAACUUAUUAGGCUUGGAGUUUAGCACAGAUUUUGGUCUCAUCGUUAAAUUUACAGCUGGAUCCCGUUAUGAAUUAUAUGUUCCAAAAUACCUACGUAACAACACGUGUGGUUUGUGCGGUGACUAUGAUGGAAGUGAAAAUGGUUUUAUCCUGCCUAAUGGUACCCGUAUUGAUGACCCACUGCUGGCUGCAGAUGCCUGGAGAAGCGAUGAUUCUGAUCCACGGUGUGCAAAUGUGACUGCGCCUCCACUGGAAUGUGAUGGUGACUCCAUUGCUUCGGCAACACAAGCCUGUAACGCCAUGAAAGAUACCAGCAAGUUUGGUGACUGUCUUAACGUAAUUGGAGAUGAUAUCAGCAUGUAUUAUGAUGCAUGCGUGUAUGACACUUGUCUUUUCCCCGAAACUCUUUGUGACAGCCUUGCUGCCUUAGCUGAUGUCUGUGAGGAAAAGGGAGCCCCUGUGGUGUGGAGAUCAAGCAGUCUGUGCCCUCUGGAGUGCCCCGAGAACAUGCACUAUGAGGAGGCUGGUCCCAUGUGCCCAGAGACAUGUUCCGACCCGCGUGGAAGCUGCUCAGAGCCGUCCAGUACGGCCAGUGGCUGUCAAUGUAAUAGUGGCUAUGUUCUCAGUGGCUUGGAGUGCGUCUUGCGGGAGAACUGCGGUUGUGUCAGAGGAAACAAGUACUAUGCUCCUGGAGAAAAAUUCUUUGAGAAGGAUUGUGAAGCUUUGUGCAUGUGUACAUCAGGAAGGGUUGAGUGUGACAACAGAGUACAGUGUCAUGUUCAUGGAGAGUGCCACACCACAGCAGAUGGCACCAGUGACUGCAGGUGCAAAAAUGGCUAUACAGGGUCUGGAACUGAUUGCAGUGAUGAGGAUGAGUGCUCGCAGAACAAUCACCAGUGCAGUCCCAAUGCUCGUUGUAUUAAUCAGCACGGAGGUUAUGCCUGUACAUGUAUUGCUGGUUACACAGGUGAUGGAUUCACCUGUAAAGAUGCUGAUGAAUGUGAGGAUGAGACAGAUGCCUGUUCACCAAAUGCUGAAUGUAGAAAUGAAGUAGGCACCUAUGCUUGUGUCUGUAAAGAUGGAUAUAUCAGUUUUGCAAAUGGCAGAGUCUGCAUAGAGAGAGUCCCACAAGAGCCAGCCAUCCCCAAGGAUUGUGGACCGUUCCAGAAGGAGGAAUGUAUGGAAUGUGCAGAGUGUAAGCCACUGCCUGGUGGUCACUUCACAUGUGUCUGUCCUCCAGGCACUGUGGGUGAUGGCAGGAAAGGCGAAGAACACACAGGCUGCAGCAUGCCCCAGUGUUCCGAAGGUUAUAUUAAACAUGAGGACGGUUGUUACAAGGUGUUUGACAAGCCUGAACCAUUUGACGAGGCGGACCGGAGGUGUCAGGCAGAAGGGGGUCAUCUUGCAUCAGUACUGGACCAGAAAACAGUUGACUUCCUCAAGUCUCAGAUGGAGCUGUUAGGCCAUGAUGGAAAGUACUGGAUCGGCUAUUCUGACAGAAACAUGGAAGGUAUUUAUGUUUGGUUGGACAACUCCUUCUCUGAGUACUCCAACUGGGCGGCUGGAGAGCCAACUGCUGAUGACAGACUGGCAAAGGACUGUGUGGCUGUUGGAAAAGCAACUGAAUUCAAAUUUGUUACUCAGAAAUGUAACAUUGAACAAGGAUUUGUCUGCAGGAAACCUUUGAGUUUGAAGAAUUGUCCUAAAGGAUGGCAUCAAUUUGAUGGAUCGUGUUACAUGAGCUCAGGGGAGAAAACUCCGUUUGCUGAGGCAUAUUUACAAUGUGCAGCACGUGGUGGUGAUUUGGCAGCUGUGACCUCAUCCAUGGAAGAGGCUGUCCUCAAGGAAAUUGUCAUUCCUGUCAGAAAUGGUUCUGACUUGUGGAUUGGAGCAUUUCAAAAAGAUGAUGGAUUUGAUUGGGUCGAUGGAAUAUCAUCAUUUGAUUCGUUCUCUGCCUGGGCUCAGGGAGAACCUGCUAAUGUCCAAGGGAUUCGCUGCCUUAUGGCUGAUGGCCUCAUGAAAUGGAAGUCUGUGGACUGUGACCUUAGUUUGGGCUUCAUUUGUGAGAAGAGUUUCAGAAAUCCAUAUGUGUGUCCCCCUGGCACGCUGAAAGUUCGGUCCGUCUGUCUGACUGUGAGAACAGAUCCCUCAGACUUUGGUAGCAAUUGUGGUGACCGUGGUGUAAUGAUACGGCCUUCGUCUGCACUAGAACAAACUUGGAUAAGAAGCUACCUGGAAAGCCAGUCAGAGCUUAGCGACCCAUGGAUCUGUACGUGUUUUAUGCUUGUUUUUGAGCACUGA